UUCCCACUUCCCCCUCUAAUCUUCGAGCCUGGUGCUCCGACCUUGACGGUCCUCUUCUCUUCUCACGAUGGCGCUGGUCGCCCUAUUCCUCUCCGGCGCACUGGCUGCGCCGGCCCCCAUGCCCGCCCUCUAUCGCUCUCACUCCGCCCCCGCUGUGCGGGAGGCAUACUAUGGCGACGUGCUUGGCCUCUCCCCGCCACCGCCGCUGCUCGAGAAGCGCGCCCUCUUACCCGCCGGAUGGAGCUACGCCGGGUGCGUAUCUGAGAGCAACGGCCAGCGACUGCUGCAAGGCUUCGCGUUCAGCUCCGACUCCAACUCCGCCAGCUUCUGCAUCAAUGAGUGCGCCCGCCGAGGAUUUGCCGUCGCAGGUACCGAGUGGGGCCGCGAAUGCUACUGUGCCAAUAGCUUCACCGGGAACGGCGGGACGCACGCCCCAGACGAUUGGUGCAGCAUGCCUUGCACGGCCGAGCCAAGCGAGACUUGUGGCAAUGCGUGGUAUCUAUCACUGUAUACCUUCAACUCGACAAGUGACGGGAGCUUGGCGUGCGGUCAGGUGCCAUCCGUUGCCCCAUUGCCAUCCGCCUCGCCAACAUCAUCGUCAUUACCCUCAACACCGGCCUCGGACUCAGCCUCGACUUCGAUCCUCUCAUCGACAAAUCCCUCUCCUUCGGAUGCGGUCUCCUCAAGCCAGUCUCUUUCGACCUCCCCCAGCACCGCCAGCACGGCGAGCUCCGCCAGCGCAGCCCCGACCGACUCAAUAGUCUCCCCGUCCUCGACUCCUUCAUCCACCCUGACCUCCUCGACUCCUUCAUCCACCUUGGCCUCCUCGACUCCCUUGACCUCCUCGGCCUCCUCAACCUCUGCCACCUCCAGCCCCAUUCCAAGCUCCUCCGGAGUCGUCCCUGUGUCGACCGACAUCCCGCAGUCUGAUGAGCAGCACCUUGUCUGGGCCCACCACAUGGUCGGUAACACGUACAGCUACAGCUCGUCCGACUGGGAAGCCGACAUCAGUGCUGCAGCCGCGCAGGCAAUCGACGGCUUUGCGCUCAACAUCGGUAUCGAGAGCUGGCAGACAGAGCAGGCUGCGGUGGCUUACAGGAUCUCAGAGUCGCAGGGUGGCUCAUUCAAAAUGUUCCUUAGCCUUGACAUGACGUCCCUGCCGUGCAGGACGUCCGCAGACGCUGAGCGCCUCGUCAACGUCGUGCAACAGCACGCCGGUUCUUCGGCGCAGGCCAAGUUCAAUGGCGACGUACUGGUUUCGACCUUUGCCGGUUCCGACUGCACGUUCGGGACGGGUACCAAUGAUGGAUGGCAAACGGCUUUCGUUGACCCCCUCCUGCGCGCUGGCGUCAAGAUCGCGUUCAUCCCGUCUGUGUUUAUGAGCCCCGACCAGUUCCCAAAUCACUUGUGGAUGGACGGCGAGUUCAACUGGAACAGCGCAUGGCCAAUGGGCAACUACGACAUCAACACUGCGUCCGACACUGCCUUCCGCCUCGGCCUCGGCGGUCGGGCAUACAUGACUGCUGUCUCGCCAUUCUUCUUCACCCACUUUGGCGCAAACAGCUGGAACAAGAACUGGAUCUACCGCUCUGACAACUGGCUGUACUGCACGCGCUGGGAGCAGAUCAUCGCCAUGCGCGGCGUCAGCACGAUGACUGAGAUUCUCACGUGGAACGACUACGGAGAGAGCAGCUACAUCGGCCCGAUUCGCGGCUCGCUGCCUGCCACCUCGGAGCGGUGGGUUAACGGGUUCGACCACACCGCUCUCGCCCCCAUUACAAAGUACUACGCCACGGCGUAUAAGACGGGCUCGUACCCGCCGAUUGAGAAGGACCAGAUCAUCGUCUGGGCGCGUCCGCAUAGCGCGCUCGCCACCGCCCCCGACCCCGUCGGCCGCCCCGCCGGUUACGACUGGACAGAGGACAACCUAUACGCGGUGGUGUUCGCCACCGCCCCAGCAGUAGCAACCCUCACAUCGGGCGGCACGUCCAUAUCCUUCAAUGUCCCCGCCGGCCUCAGCAAGAUCAAGAUGCCGCUCGCCCCAGGUUCGAUCGGGGGUGCGAUCGAGCGCGGCGGCCAGCGCAUCGCGACGUACGACUCGGGCGCCCUAUACUCGUUCACUACCACGCCCGCGGCUUACAACUACAACUACCUGGUCGGCAGCAGCUAGCUGGUCUAGCCCUGACCUGAGUUUGAGUUGCGCCGUGUAGCAUAGGUGACAUGAGCGCUGUAGCUCUGUCGUGCGUCUGGUUCCAUAGUUAGUUUACGAAUAAUAUGCAUCUUGGUUAAUAGGUGAAA